AUGUCGACGAUCGGAGCCAACGCAGCUGAUUCGAGGCAAGAGCCAGAAGGCGUGAUUCGACCGGACGCGGAGGGCAACGCCACUCUGCAAGAUUCUUCCACUCAUCAGACUUCUGGCACAGGUGCUGGAGGAGCAGCGGGUCUCUCUGCUUCGGCUGCCAACGAUCCAGACGUGCCCGCUUCCGCUAAAGACGCCUCCAUCUAUGGCACAAUCCCGGGAGAGGGAGUGGGAUUCAAGGAGCAGGUGCAAGGUGAGUCAGUUGGUUCUUCUGCGCCCCGUAAACGACCAAACCGUGCUUCUUGCAAUUGCAGUGAAUGUGCCCUCGUGGGAUCUGAGUAUUUUCCUCUUCAGAGGAGCUCAGGCUGACUGCUGCUUUCUGCCAAUGCAUGCGUCCUUCUCUCCUGCUGACUAGGUCAUGCCAAGUACUUUGCGGGCAAAUUGACGGGCAACGACAAGGAGGUGCAACAGGGUGCAGCGAGGUGAGAAGCGAGACGAGCGCCUUGUUGGAGCUUGAUGUUCGCCUCACGCACAGCAGAGGUGCCACGCGCCUGCCCAUUGACACUGUCUACGCUUUCUGUCUCUCAGGGUUCGCGGCGUGGAAGAGCCUCAGCAGUGA